AUGGCCUGUUCGUACGGUGGCCACGGAGAUCUCGGUCGAUACCGCAACUGUACCCCACUCGAUGUCAUCCACAGUGAUGACUUUGUGGAGAAGACGACACUCUUCACCGCCUUCCGGGCUGGGUCGGGACCCUACGCGGAGUUCAUGUCGCUGGAGGAGAACACGGAUAUGGCCCUGCUGCUGGACGCGUCGAAAUGGGAGCACGCACCCAACAAGACCAUCAAGUAUCCGCGUUGCAUCGACACCUAUGGUCUGACGCGUCACCAGCGUAUGUUCGUGGAACGGGACUAUUUUCUGAAUUGUGCCGAGAACCCGUUCGUGCAGCAGAAUCCCGACAGUGAUGUCCGUCUCUACGCUCAAGCCUGCAAGGAUCUCGACCCCGAAUGGUUCAUCUGCAUCACCGACCCCGAAUGGGUGCAAUCAACCGUCUCGACGGUGCACAUCGUCCUCGGACUGUUCAUCGGCGCCCAGGUGGCCGUCUGCUUGUUGCUGCUGUUGUGCCCAUUGUACCGUACACUCGGAUACCAUCGCCCCACCGCGACUGCCGGACUCUAUCGCCCCGAUGGGCUGCAUGACGCCGACUGGCAUCUGCCCGACCCGCCCCGUCGUGCCUGGGUCUACACUGACGGGCGCAUGGUGAGGGAGAAGAAGAGGGAA